AUGUGUCAAUUUAUUGAAUUAUUUCUUCUAUUAAUAACUACUAUUAUAUCAAUAAAAAGUGAACAAAGACAAUGUCAACUAAUAACUUAUUAUGAAUGUAAAAAUAUUGGAUAUAAUCAAACUUAUCUACCAAAUAAAUUUAAUCAUCAAGAUCAAAAAGAUGUUGCACUAGUGAUUAAUCAAUUUACAGCAUUAAUUGCUGUUGGAUGUUCAUCUGAACUUCGUUUUCUGCUGUGUUCAAUAUAUAUGCCAUUAUGUCUUGCUAAUUAUUCUGAUCCAAUUCCACCAUGUCGAGAAGUUUGUGAACGUGUUCGUGAACCAUGUGAACCGUUUUAUUUACGUUAUGGUUUUUUAUGGCCUGAUGCAUUAAAAUGUGAACAAUAUCCAUCAAAUGAAGAAAAAGCUAUAUGUAUGGAUCCAAAAAAAAAUUCAAUAAAAUCUUCACGUUAUUUAUCUCGUCCAUUAAAUUCAUGUUGUCAAUGUAAUACAUCAAUUGGUUAUCAUCUUAUUGAUGAAGAUGAUUAUUUAGCAGUAACUAAAUGUCUUCCACCAUGUCGUUCAGUUUAUUUUUCUGAUAAACAAUCUAUAUCAAUUAUAAAUCUAUGGUUAACUAUACUUAGUGUACUUUGUGCUUUAUCAUGUACAUUUGUUUUAUUAACAUUUUUUCUUGAUAUGACAAGAUUUAAAUAUCCACAACGACCAAUUAUAUUUUUAUCUUUAUGUUAUUUUUUUGUAUCAUGUGGAUAUUUAAUACGUUUAAUGCUUGGACAUGAAAAUGUUGCAUGUCGAGUAGAUAAUAAGAUUGAUUCAUCAUCAUAUACACAACUUGUUCGUGUAUCUGGUCCAUCAAGUUGUGCAUUUGUUUUUGUUUUAACUUAUUUUUUUGGUAUGGCAUCAUCUAUAUGGUGGGUUAUAUUAACAUUAACAUGGUUUCUUGCUGCUGGUUUUAAAUGGUCAUCAGAAGCUAUAUCACAUUAUUCAAUAUAUUAUCAUUUUAUAGCAUGGUUAUUACCAUGUUUACAAACAGUUGCUAUAUUAAUAUUAAAAGGUAUUGAUGGUGAUUCAAUAAGUGGAAUUUGUUAUGUUGGACAUACAGAUUCAUCAAUGUUACGUGGAUUUGUUUUAUUUCCAUUAAUAACAUUUUUAACUAUUGGUACAAUAUUUUUAUUAGCUGGUUUAAUAAGUUUAAUGCGUAUAAGAAAUGUAAUUAAAAUUCAAGAUCGUAGUAAAACAACUAAAUUAGAAAAAUUAAUGGUUAGAAUAGGACUUUUUGCAAUUCUUUAUACUGUACCAGCAACAUUUGUAAUUGGAAUUUAUUUUUAUGAAUUACGUUAUCGUUCAGUAUGGGAAGAAAAUUUACAUUGUAAUAAAUGUCCUCGUUUAUCAUUUGAUACAUAUUCAAAUUGGUCAAUUCGACCAAGUUUUAUAAUUUAUAUGUCAAAAUAUUUUUUCUUAUUAAUUGUUGGUAUAACAACUGGUAUAUGGAUUAAUUUUAAUAAUAAAACAUUUUUAACGUGGAAAAAAUUUUUUUGUUGUCAAAAUUCUAUUGAACAUAAUAAUAAUAAUAAUAAUAAUGAUCAUCGUUGUUCACAUCAUCCUCAUCGUCAUCGUUAUGAUAAUCAUAAUGGACGUGAUGCUAGUGGAAUAAAUUAUUCAUAUAAACAUACAAAAAUUAAUGGAAGUAAAUAUUCACUUCCAUCAUCGAAACAGGGUCCUUUAGCUCAUGUAUAA